AUGGACGCCGAGAAUAAUUUUACCUAUUAUCUUCGUUGCGUUGGGCCAUGUCGUAACAAUAACGAGCCAUUCUCUGUCAAGGAAUCUGAAAGUACUGGCAUCAAAACAGGAAACGUGGGGCGACAUGCAAAACGGUAUCAUGCUCCUUUGACCAAUGAUUCAAAUGAGAAAGAAAGAGAGAUGGCGAAAGUGCAGGAGGACCGCGAGCAGGCCGCAGUACAUUUUCGACCUCGAAGAAAGAUAUCAAAGAAAGUGAUCGCCAAAUUUUGCGACUCUGCAGUGUCGCUUGUUUCCGAUAAGCAUGUUUCUUUCCGUCUUCUUGAAAGUGAACAAUUCGAAGCAAUCAUUCAAAAUGCUUUUGUCGCCGGGGGAGGAAAUCCUGAUGACUCGAAGCAGCUUGAUGUGUCCUACAACAAAAUAAGAACAAUUUUGUUCACCUCACAUCUGGAGAUGCUUAAUUUUCUCCAAAAAGUUCUUCCUAUCUUGGCGAAGCGAGGUGCGAUUUCGCUAGAAAUCGACACGAAGUAUACAGGGCGAACGACAAGUGGAGACCUUGAGGUUUCCGCAUUGGGAACAUUACUUGUCUUCUACGAUUCUACGACUGAUAAAAGAGUUACUUAUCUUCUCCAGUAUGCUCCCAUCACCGAUAAAACAGAUGUAGCUUGUGCGAUGGAAGUAGAAGAGGCCCUUGCGGAAUACGGAAUCAAAGAUUAUCAACGACUGCUAGGUGUCAUUUGCGAUGGAGGGCAGCGUGGAGUUGCUGAGUACAUAUCUAUCAAAGCAGCAAUUUGCGGUGCACAUUCGGGAAUUCGUGCUUUCGAUGGAAUGAUUCAAAAUGCCGAAAGCUACGCCUCUCUCGAUUCCGAUCUGCACAAAGACUUUUUGAGCUUUGUAUCGCAUUGUCGCAAUGGGCUGUUUUUCAAGGAGAAAAAGAAGCUCAAAUUAGAGCCAACUGAUUUCUCCUCUGUCAAUCAAUAUUUCGCGCAUGAAGAUAUCUCUGAAGACGAAAAAGAACGGAUCUUCAAGCUUCGACAUGAUACCAGCGAAAUGACAGCCGAUGAAAUUAAGAAGAGAGCAGCAAAAAUACAAGGAUUUCCCUUAAUAACGAGUGACAACGGAAUUCGCUGGAACAAAAAGGAGGAAAAUUUGAAGGUGCUCGUUUCUUGGUCACCUAAGCUUGAAGAUCUAUCGAAAUCAGAUCAUCCAUACGCCUACCUUAUUCCGCAGCGCGUUUCCUUUCCUGAUCUGGAUUUCAUUAAAAGCCUCUCUUUUCUGACCUCCGACUUGAUGAAAUAUGUGCGCAUCCUCGAGCAUUCUGAGUCAAAGGUAAGCGACCAGUUGCUUAUCUUUGAAGAGAUGCUGAUUUACUGCACGAAGGAAAAUGAUAAGCGGCUUACAUCGAUCCGACAGAAGCAGUUUCAUGCAAAGCUCCGCCAAGGGCUAUUUAUAAAACUGAUGAAAAUGAUUUUCGGCGGUUUUUACGAAAGCGAAGAAUCAUUUGUCGAUGGCAAAGAACCAGCCAGGGCAACGGAUUUGAAUCUUGCUUGUCUUUACUUAACACCAAGCAAGUACACGUGCUCCUUUCGUCGUCUCCGAAAUGAACUCGCUAAAGGGGACGCUCCAAUUUUUGCAAGAAACAUCAAACUGGUCGAAAAAAAUAGUGCCGAGUUCAUGAAGAAAGGAAAAGAUUUUAUCUGGCAUAUGGAUAAGGAGCUCAAGGAAGUUGAUGACAAGGAGAAACAAACUACGCCAGAAGGGAGUGGAAGUUCAUCUCAGCUCAAUCCGAACGAUGACUUCAAGAUCGUCAAGUCCGCAGCAUCCUUGACUGUCAGAUUGAGCCCACUGGAAGAAGAAUAUGUGCAGUAUGAAGGCAAGAUAGGAUCGGAAGAAUGGGAAGAAAUAACUGGUGGAAUCGUCGAGACUUCACCUCACUUCAUUCAUAAAAAAUUAACUGCCUUCUGGAAGGCUAUGAGCACAAGAUUCCCCCGCCUUUCAGCAGCUGCUCUUCAGUGCAUAAAUUGCCCUGGCUCAUCCUGUGAUCUCGAAAGAGAGUUUUCUCAAACAACUCGCGACUCGAUGGAUCCAUGCCGCAACAGAUUGAAAAACGAGACUAUUUUAUUUAUACGUCAGUUCAGGGAUGCACAAAAACUGAAAACUGCCAUUCUUCAGUACUGCCGAGAAAAUAAUAUUAAAUUUGAAUAA